AUGCAAACACCUUCAGAAAAUACCGACGUAAAGAUGGAUACUCUCGACGAACCCAGUGCACAUUUAAUCGAAGAGAAUGUAGCUCUUCCCGAAGACACAUUCAGUUCACAUCUGAGUUAUGUACUUUAUGAAAUUGCUCAUUGUAAACCGAUCAUGUUUAUGAUCAUCAUAAUCGUGAGUUUGAUCUCAUUGAUUGUGCUUUUUCAUGAUAACGACGGGUGCACUGUGAUCUUAGUGAUGUCCCUUAUAGUAGCCUCCAUGGCUUUAAUGGUGGUUGCAGCAUUCACAUUCGGGAAAGCGAUCACUGAACAGGAGUUCAUGAUAAAGCUUUUAGUGGAGGUGAUCGCACGCAAGCCUGCGGGGAAGGAAUGGGGUACUGUCGCAUAUAAUAUGAACCAAUAUCUAUUCAUGAAGAGACUAUGGUAUACCCCGUACUAUUUCUAUAGCGGCAAGAAGUGCCAUGAGUUCUUCACCACUCUUAUCAAGGAAGUGAAUUCUGGUUCGCACUCGGAUUCCUCAUCGAAUAGUGCCGAGGAUACACAAUCACCUGUCUCAGCAGGGAAGACUUCAAAUGGUCUAAACAACUUUUAUAGUAUUAGAUCAGACCCUAUUUUGAUGGCAUAUGUUUUGAAGGCAACACAAAUAGAAAAGGAGGCUCAAAGUGAAUACUGGAGAAAGCAAUAUCCUGACGCUGAUUUACCUUGA